GGCCUUUGGGAGGUGCUUCCAGCACUCACCUUGUUGAUUUUAAGGUUAAAGUUGUGGGUCCAUCAGCCCUUCAAGGAUCGCUAGCGCGAUGACGUUCGCUUCCAGAAAAAAGUUCCGUUCCGCGAUCUCGGAACAGCCUCAACAAACACACGAUGCACUCCACACUUCGCAGUAUACGGCCGCUCUCCAAGCCGUUCAAGCUUACGAACUCAGCGACACGGAUACAUCUGGGUAACGCGACCCCGUUGCCGUCAUGGUCACGUUCAUUCCACGCAUCUUCGAGCUUACGGGUCGUUGAUCUCGCAUACAAACUACACGAUAACAAUGGAAAAGCAAAGGGCGACCCAAUUGUGAUCAUCCACGGUCUCUUUGGCAGCAAGAGGAACAACCAGAGCGUCAGCAAUGUCUUUGCGCGCGAGCUCUCCCGCCCCGUCUAUGCAAUCGACACACGAAACCACGGUGACUCUCCCCACGACAAGACGCACAACUAUGUCGCCCUUGCCGAAGACGUCGAAGCCUUCCUCCAGAAGCACAACCUGAAAAACUCCACCCUCAUCGGACACUCCAUGGGCGCAAAGACCAUCAUGACAAUGGCCCUGCGCAACCCCUCGUGCUGCGCCAACAUCAUCCCUGUAGACAACGCCCCCGUUGACGCCGCCCUCUCCUCCGACUUCCCCAAAUACGCAGAAGGAAUGAAGAAAGUGGAGGAAGGCAAGCCCAAGAGCCAGAAAGCGGCGGACGAGAUCAUGCAACCUUAUGCUAAGGAGCUGCCAGUCAGGCAAUUUUUGUUGUCAAACUUGGUCAGACCUGCGCCGGGCGAGCCUAUGCAGUGGCGUAUACCGAUCAAUAUCCUCGGCAAGUCGCUCGACAAUAUGGCGGAUUUCCCAUUUACGAAUCCGGAUGAGCAUAGCUUUAGCAAGCGUGCACUGUUUAUUCGAGGCACGAAGAGCCACUAUGUGAGCGAUGAGACCCUGCCUAUCAUUGGACGCUUCUUCCCGCGGUUUGAGCUUGUUGAUGUGGAUUGUGGACAUUGGGUUAUUAGCGAGAAGCCUGAGGAGUUUAUCAAGGCGGUCGUGGACUUCCUGAAGGAGGAGCAGUGAUUGAAGAGUAGAAGCACGUUUUGCGAGGCUAGUUUGUGGAGUACUUGAAUCUAGAAGGCGUACAUAUAGAGCAGGUGGGUCGCUUCAUACCCAUAGAUUUCGUACAUCAUGUAGGAUCAGAAACAAUAGAGAAGGCAUAAUCAGUG